GGUUAAAAAGCAAACUGGGACUUCCUCUUUGAACAGUUGCCUUUUCCUCCCACACAGGGAGGAUUUCAUUUUGUUUGAGACUAGACACAGUUGAAACCAAACCACAUAUCAAAGGGAGGGCAUGAUGGCUAAGAAGCCCCCGAAACCAGCCCCUCGCAGGAUCUUCCAGGAAAGAUUAAAGAUUACCGCUCUACCCUUGUACUUUGAAGGUUUUUUAUUAGUCAAGAGGUCAGAAUACCAGGAGUAUAAACAUUAUUGGACAGAGUUGAGAGGAACUACACUCUUCUUCUACACUGACAAAAAAAGUACAGUAUAUGUUGACAAACUAGACAUUACAGACCUCACGUAUCUUACUGACCAGAAUUCAGCUGAAAAGAAUUGUGCAAAAUUCACUCUUGUUUUACCAAAAGAGGAAGUGCAACUGAAGACAGAGAACACAGAAAGUGGGGAGGAAUGGAAAGGCUUCAUUCUUACGAUAACAGAGCUGUCAGUUCCCCAACAUGUGUCACUUCUACCUGGGCAAAUAAUUAGAUUGCACGAAGCCCUAGAUAGAGAAAAGAGAAGGAGGAUUGAGACAGAGAAGAGUACAUCUGUGGAAAAAGAGAAGGAACCAGUUGAAGAUUAUGUGGAUGUACUGAAUCCUAUGCCAGCAUGUUUUUAUGCAGUGUCUCGGAAAGAAGCCACUGACAUGCUCCAGAAGAAUCCUUCCCUGGGAAACAUGAUUCUGAGGCCUGGGAGUGACAGUGGAAACUACUCCAUCACAAUCCGGCAGGAGAAAGACGUGCCAAGAAUCAAGCACUAUAAAGUGACAAGCAUCGGGAAAAACUACAUUAUUGAACUGGAAAAACCUGUAACACUCCCAAACCUUUUCAGCAUCAUUGACUACUUUGUGAAGGAGACUCGAGGAAAUUUAAGACCAUUUAUAUAUUCAACUGAUGAUAGCCUUGGCCAAGAACCCAACAUGGAAGGGAGAAGUUGAAGAAAAAUUCACAAAUCGCAUGAAAUAAAGUGUGAAAACUCCAUGUAUCUUGG